CUCCACAAACGUGCUGAUAUCACGGCUCUAUGUCGUGACUGACUCCGGUGCUGCUGUGAUUUAAAAUGACUUUAAUAAGAGCCCUAAGAUGCGCUCUGUUAAACUGGUCUGAAACUAAAGUGGACGUGAAUGGAGCUCGACUGCACGUCUUCCACGCCUAACAGUGAGGAAUAGCGUUCUACAGACUAUCAGCACACGUACAUCUGUAACCAUGUGACCAAGGGGACUCGGUCGACAGAGCGGGUAGUCCACCUGAAGACUGCGUCCUGCAGAAUCCCAGGCAUGCUGAGUUACAGGCCCGGGAAUCAGGAGCUGAUGGAGGCUGUGGACUGAGCCACAGCUAUGAGGGAGGAGCAGUGCCUUUCACAUCUAACUUCAUCACGUGACAUCACCAAAGUGACGGACAUUAAAGAGGGUUGAGUUGAACGUUAAGCUUCCAUUCAGCAGUGAGCAGCUCAUCAGGGCAUCACCUCAGCAUUGCUGUCACCAUGGUAACUGUGCCAGUCCUGUUCCUCCUGCUCUCAGCUUCUACUCCUCCAGUCCAGAGUCAACUCACGUCACUCCAUAUUAUUCCGGGUGACAUGAAUCAGACUGAGGCUCAGAAAGCUUGCAGAGAAAAUUACACCGACCUCGUCACUGUGUACUCUGUUGAAGACAACAAUAAACUGGUGAUAAAGGCUGGUAACGUUUCUGGCUGGAUCGGACUCUAUCGCAGUAAUUUUAGUGAGAAAUGGUCUAAUGGUGAUUCUGUAACAUACAGAAAUAUGACAGGGAAUUUUGGGACAUCGAGCUACUGUGCUACUAUGAAAGCUGAUGGUGCAUGGGACAGUCUUCAGUGCACAGAGACAAAAAAUUUCAUGUGCUAUGAACAAGACGCUUCCUCACAGACUCGUAAUUAUCAUCUAAUCCUUGAGACUAAGACCUGGUAUGAAGCUCAGCGUUACUGUAGACAGAACUACACUGACCUGGUCAGCAUCAGAGAUCAGCAGCACAAUCAAGAGGUGUGGAUUAAAGGGUUAAACAGCACCACACCCUUCUGGAUCGGCCUGCUGUGUGAUGACUGGCAGUGGAGUGAUGGAAAAAUCUCUGCCUACAGAAACUGGGAUAGCAAUCAUCCUCUACCACAAGGCAACUGUGCAGCAGUGAGAGGAGGGAGAUGGAACUCAGUCCCGUGCAGUAAUAAUUACUCUGCUUUGUGCUACUACAGUUACAUCCAUGUGAGUGAAGAGGCUCUGAGCUGGGAGAAAGCGCUGGAUUACUGUGAUAAAGGGAACAGAGCUGGAUUGUUGCAGAUUGAGUCUGAACAUGACCAGACUGAUGUGGAGAAUGAGCUCAGAAGGAGGCGUGUCUCUGAGCCUGUGUGGGUGGGGCUUAGACAGAGCCAGCUCUUCGGGUUCUGGAUUUGGCCUGAUGGGAAAGCUGUGUUUCCGUACUCCAACUGGGAUGAAGGGAAACAGCCUGAGCAUCAACUCUCUCAGCACUGCGGUGCCGUCGUUCCACAGAGGUACAGAUGGAAAGACAUGAACUGUGAGGCUCAGUACAAAGCUCUGUGUCACAUCAGAUGUUCUCCAUGAACCACUAUACGUUCAUUUUAUAUAUUUAUCAAUAGUUUUUUUUUAAAUAUUUGAAUGCAUUCUUUAUAUAUAUUUAUUGGUUUUUUUUUUCUAUCCUAUCACAUAUGUAAUUAUUCAUAAUAAUUAAUUUAAUUUAAAGCUUAGAGACAACAUGGUUAUUUGUGGGAAAAUUUUAAUAUAACUACGCUGAUAGAAAUAUGAAUUCUUGAAAAAAAAAUGAGAUCAAAUGCAUUUACAUUUCUAACCAUUUUAAACAUUAUAUAUUAAUGUACAUGUGAAACUCGCAUAGUGUAAUGAGUCUGUCUGUUUUCCUUUGUUUCUGUCUGCUGUCAUUCCCUGCUGUUAAUUGUUGGCCCCACCCACUUAUUUGUUACCAUGGACAUUAAUUGCACUCAAUCUCUUCCCCAGGUGUUUUGUCCUAGUCUUUGAUUGUCUCCGCCUUGUGAUUGGUUCUUGUUCACUAUAUCUACUCUGUUUGUCCACGUUGUUGGUGUAGUAUGUUAUCUGGUUAUGUCCCUGUUCCGCUCAGUGUUCUGCCCUGUUUUUGCCUGCCUAUCUGUUGUUUAUUUCUUGUUUUGGUUUAGUAAAAGUUCAAACUGCACUUGGA